AUGGAUCUCGGUGAUGAUUCUCCCUGGGGUGAUGUGCCCUCGCAAUCGGCACAAGACGCCGCAAAGCAGGACAAGGACGAGUCCAGCACGCUUUCGCCUGCACCGAACAGUGCAGCUGCCAGCUCCGCGCCCAGCGCUUCGGCGGCACCGCGCUCGCCCGCCGGCCGUGGCCCUCGCCGACGACAGUACGGGACCCAGUCGACGAAGCUCGAAGCCGUAGACGACCCGCUUGGCCCGCUGGGAGCUGCCACUCCACCCGCCGCCUCGGACCCUCCAGCGCCGCCGCAGAAGGAGAAUGUUGCAUUGCGGAACAAUCGCCCGGCCACUGGCACCUCGACUUCCUCGUCUCUGCGCGGUAUGAUGGACUCGGUCGACCUUAACGACGACGAUGACGACGAGCGCCUGCGGUCGCAAGGCCCCAGAGUGCCCCCACCCGUUCAGGCACCGGCGCACGCAGCACCGCAGCGCCAGGCACAGCCGAGCGUGAGCAUCGAACAGGCAGCGAAGCCGACUUUCUCCAUCUACGUGGGCGAUCCGCACAAGGUGGGCGACCUGACCAGCUCGCACACGGAAUACUCGGUCACGACCAAGACCACCUCGAAAGGCUACCGCAACCCCGAAUUUACCGUCUCACGCCGAUACCGCGACUUCCUCUGGCUGUACACCCAGCUGCACAACAACAGCCCUGGCAUCAUCAUCCCACCUCCUCCAGAGAAGCAGUCUCUUGGUCGCUUCGAGGCCGAUUUUGUCGAGUCGAGACGAGCCGCGCUGGAGCGUAUGCUGAACAAGAUUGCUGCUCAUCCCAUAUUGCAACACGAUGGUGAUCUGAAGCUCUUCCUCGAAAGCGACGCCUUCAACGUGGACAUCAAGAACAAGGAGCGCAAAGACGUUGGUCUGGGCGAGAGCAAGGGAAUGUUCGGCGGCAUGCUUUCUGGCAACAGUGGCAAAUUCAUCGAGCACGAUGAUUGGUUCCACGAUCGCAAGGUCUACCUCGACGCUCUGGAGAAUCAGCUCAAAGCGCUCCUCAAGGCUACUGACACAGUGGUCAUGCAACGCAAGGGCCUUGCGGAAGCAUGCGGCGACUUCUCUGCUUCACUACACUCGCUCUCAGCCGUCGAGCUUUCGCCCUCCCUCUCAGGUCCCCUUGACAGCCUCUCCGACAUCCAGAUUCGAAUUCGCGAGCUGUAUGAGCGGCAGGCACAGCAAGACGUCCUCACAAUGGGUAUCGUAAUCGACGAGUACAUCCGGCUCAUUGGCUCCGUCAAGACAGCCUUUCAGCAGCGACAAAAGUCCUACCACUCAUGGCACACAGCUGAGCAGGAGCUGCAGAAGCGCAGAACGAACCAAGACAAGCUCUUACGACAAGGUCGCUCGCAGCAAGACCGCCUCAAUCAGCUCAGUGCUGAUGUCGCUGACGCUGAGCGCAGAGUACAUCAGGCUAGGCUCCUGUUCGACGACAUGGGUAGGCUGAUGCGCAGCGAACUGGAGCGCUUUGAACGAGAGAAGGUCGAAGACUUCAAGUCUGGCAUUGAGACUUACCUCGAGAGCGCUGUUGAGGCGCAGAAAGAGCUGAUUGAGAUCUGGGAAACAUUUCUCAUGCAGCUCGAUACCGAGGAAGGCGAGUCCUUCGUACCUCCAGCUGGCGUCGUCGCGUCGCCUACAACAGAACAGCACGAGUCAUCGAACGGCCGCUCCAAUGCGCAGGAAGAGGAAGAGGGGCCGCGCAACGACGUUGAGCAGGAUGUAGCAGCAUAG